UUAUGUUUGUUAUUUAAACAGAAUACCUAUAGGUAAUAACUAAUAUGGAAAUGUGGCGUGUUGUAACGAUUUUUUGAAGAACCAUUUAAUAAAUAAUAAUAUAAUGUAAUCAUGUUGUUGUUAUUUUACAUCAAAUAUACUGGUUUAACGUUUUCGCAUAAUAUGUUGUGAUAUUUUUUGACUAAGCAGUUUAUCAUUAGAAAUAUUUUGUGUAUAAAAGAAAAAAAGAAAAAUGGGAGACUUUGAUGUACUCCAAUAUUGCCGUCAGCUACGUAGCCUGAAACCACCACCUUACAAGUGUCCAGUAGCUGAUUGUGACAAAGUAUAUUCAAGCAUGACUGGAUUUCAAUAUCAUCUUGCUCAUAUUCAACAUUCAAGUCCUAUACCUCCAUUAGACAUUGUUACACCGACCAAACAAACUACUAUUACUCCAGUCGUCAACAAAGCUAAAAGUAAAAAAAAGAAAGGAAGGCGAGUAACAUUUACAACACUUUCACGAGUGUCUCAACCCGAAGUUGCAGAACCUGUAACGCCUGUUCAUUUAUCAAAAACUUUAUGUGAAGUUGAAGUUGCUGAUCACAAAGUAAUACGAUUUAAUGCUGAAGAUUAUUUACCAAUAAUAUCAAAAGAUGAUUACUUAAAACAAAAAAAAGAUAUUAAAAUCCCCUCCAAAACAGCUGCAAUAAUUUCUUCUUUAUCAAAAAGUAAAGAAGCUGUUCAAAAUUUACCACAAGCUGCAUUUAAAGAGAUUGACAAUUAUGAUAUACUUCAAGCUCCACCUAUGCCCAAUUCUUACAUAAGAUUUAUUGAAAAGUCAGUUGAAGAAUUGGAUACUGAAGUAGAAUAUGAUAUGGAUGAAGAAGAUGCUGCUUGGCUGCAAAUUAUGAAUGAACGUAGGGAAUCAUCUGGCUUAGCAGGAAUAUCAAUUGAGUCUUUUGAGCUGUUGAUGGAUCGUUUAGAGAAAGAAUCUUAUUUUCUUGUACAAAUGAACAAAGAAGUUGAUAGUAGUUUAGCAGUCAUUGAUGAUGAAGCUGUUUGUUCUAUUUGUCUUGAUGGGGAAUGUCAAAAUUCAAACGUUAUUCUUUUUUGUGAUAUGUGUAAUCUUGCUGUUCACCAAGACUGUUAUGGUGUUCCAUACAUACCUGAAGGACAAUGGCUCUGCCGGCGAUGCCUUCACUCACCAUCCUGUAUGGUUGACUGUGUAUUAUGCCCCAACAAUUGUGGUGCAUUUAAACAAACUGAUCGUGGAUUAUGGGCACAUGUUGUGUGUGCAUUAUGGAUACCAGAAGUUAGGUUUGCAAAUACAGUGUUUUUAGAACCAAUAGAUAGUGUUGAAACAAUUCCUACUGCUAGAUGGAAACUUACAUGUUAUAUUUGUAAACAACGUGGUGUAGGAGCAUGUAUUCAAUGUCACAAAACAAGUUGCUAUGCAGCAUUUCAUGUCACAUGUGCUCAACAAGCUGGCUUAUAUAUGAAAAUGGAAACUAUAUCUAAUGACAUCUCUAAUAUUGGAGAUGCUGAACCAGGUACAGUUUUAGUUCAAAAAAUUGCUUUUUGUGAUGCACAUGCACCAGUAGAUUAUCUUGCUGAAAACCGAGGACGACAAUCGCCUGGAGAAAAAUUAAAUAAUGCCAGACGAGUUUUAGCUAAAAAACGUUCUGCUGCUCCAGUCAUAUCAAUACCUACAAUCCCACCUGAAAGAGUUACUGAAAUAGCUAAUUUGCUAUCUGUGCCUAAAAAAGGCCAGUUUGUUCAACGACUAAUCGCUUAUUGGACAUUAAAACGGCAGUUUAGGAAUGGUGUACCACUUUUAAGACGUUUACAAACUAGUCAACAUUCUAAUGUAUCACGACGCGAAGAGCCGAUCACAUCAAAUGGAAAUGAAGAUGAUCUUAAUGAAUUAUAUCGACAAUUAAAAUAUUGGCAAGCUCUUCGCCAGGACUUAGAAAGAGUUCGGUUACUUUGUGAACUGAUACGUAAAAGAGAACGUUUGAAAAAAGAGAAUAUCAAAGUACAUGAACAAUAUACAAUUAAAUCUCUAUGGCCAUUCCAUGCUUUUUUACAUUCAGUAUUACAGCAGUUAAUUGUAAAAGAUACAGGACAGAUAUUUAUUGAACCUGUUGAUCAAAAUGAAGUCCCUGACUAUGGAGAUAUUGUGAAACAUCCAAUGGAUUUACUAACAAUGGAAUUAAAAAUAAAAAACUCAGAAUAUAAUAGUCUUGAAGUUUUUGAGAAUGAUUUCAACUUGAUGGUAUCAAACUGCUUAGCAUAUAAUUCAAAAGAAACUAUAUUUUAUAAAGCUGGUAUAAAAAUGAGAGAUCAAGGUGGAAGUGUUUUAAGAACUGCCAAACGAGAUCUUAAGAUUUUAGAUUUAGAUCCUAUUUCAAUGACCUUAUCUGAAAACAGUAAAGAAGUUGAAGAAACUAAAGCUUUAAAAUGUGCUGCUAAAACAAAUGAAGAAAUCAAAGAUGACAAAAGUGCAGAAUUUGAUCAUGAACUGAAAGAGAUAUGCAAUCCUUCUAAUACCAUGGGUGAUGAUGAUCGUAUGUGUAAACUUUUACAGUUAGCUGAUAAAUGCAGAGGUGGCCGACAAAAUAAAAGAGCUCGUCUGAUUAAAACAGAAUUGACCAAGCUUAGAGCUAAAAUUGACUUGGAAGGAAAAAAAUGUGAAAAUGAAGAAACUGAGAAUGUUGAUGAGCAAGAAAAGAUGGAAGUAGAAAAAACAAGUUUAAAAAGGAGUGUAAAGAAAAGAAAUGAUCAACCAAGUGAACAGUUUGUUUUUAAAAAACCAGAAACCCCGUCAAAAUCAACAUCUCCAGUCACAACCUCUAGAAGCUCUACUCGUAAAAAAUCAUCAACAGACCCUUUGAUCACACCUCCCCUUAUUAGACGUACAAGACAAUCAACUAAUUUUGAAAGUUUUAAAGCAUACAGAUCUAAUAAGAAAACCGAUACAGAAGAUGAUUCUCCAUCAGAUGAAGAAUCAAGCUACUUAGGUUCUGAAUCUGGUUCAAAUUCUACUAGUACUAGUGGAAGUGGAUCAUCUUCUGAUGGUAGUAGCUCAACAGGAAGUUCAUCGGAUUCAGAAUCAGAAAAGGAACAAAAGAAAAAAAGAAAAAAGGAUGACUUUGCACAAUUACAAUUAGUCUGGGCUAAAUGUAGAGGAUAUCCAUGGUAUCCUGCAUUGAUAAUUGACCCAAAUAUGCCUCCAGGGCACUUGCAUAAUGGCAUACCUGUUCCAAGUCCUCCGUCAGAAGUAUUAAAUUUGGCAAGUAAUUACAAAGAGCUUGUGUACUUGGUAUUGUUUUUUGAUUCUAAACGUACAUGGCAAUGGUUACCUCGUAACAAACUGGAGCCACUUGGUGUUACUCAAGAACUGGAUGAUGAAAAGCUAACAGAAUCAAAAAAACCAGCAGAUCGCAAAUCUGUGCGUAAAGCAUAUAUGGAAGCUCUUGUUUAUAAAACUGAUCCAAUAAUUCCAUCAUCAAGUUUAAGACGUUCAAGUAGAACAUAAUAUAACAUAUUAUUUAUGUUAAUUUAUCAGUUUUGUGCAUGUUGCACUGUUAAUUAUUUUAAAACUUCAAUUCUUUUAUUAUUUUUAUAUUAUUAUAUCAGAAGAUAUUUACAUUUUAAUUUUAUUAUUAACAUUAUUUUUUAAAAUAGGUAUACCAAUCAAGAGCAUUGUAAUAAAAAAUAUAUAAUAACCUUGUUAAAAUUAAUUUAACCAUAGAAAGUAUUUAUAAAUCACAAGAGAAAAUGUUGAUGUUAACUAUGAAUUUUUACUUACUAAUUUUUUUCUUAAAAGUGUUAAUUUUUUUUUUCCAUACUGACAUGUCAUUAUGAAAUAAAUAACAAAUCAAUAAACAAAAAGUAUUUAGUAUUUA